UGUUAUUUUGCCGCUACAAUGAGAGUCCUGCUUUUUGCAUUCCUCCAAGUAGCACUAGCUGAUCCCCCCAAAGAAGUCUCUGGGUACAUUGGUAAUACCAUCAUCCUGCCCUCAGGAGCUGAGCCACCAUGGACUCUCAGGAAAAUUUAUUGGUCAAUAUUCACCAACAACACUUGGAUUGCCACCUAUUACAAUAAGGAGGAAAACACUGAACGCAUCAGUCAGUAUAAAGGGAGGCUCAGUCUAAACAUCACUUCAGGUGACUUGACGAUCCGUAAUUUGACCACAAAAGAUGCCAUGGAAUACACUGUAAAGUUCACCGCUAGUAAAGGACAGACAGUAAGCAAGAUUAAGCUCACAGUGAAACAACGCCUCCAGGAACCAACCAUACAGAGAAUUCAAUCUGCAAGAGGAGGCUGUUGGAAGGAGGUGCAUUGUUCUUCAUCAGAUAAAGAUGUUGACUUCUCCUGGCAGGUUAAACCUCCCAGUGUGACUACCUUCACCAGGAGUAAUCCAGCCAGCAACUUCCUUUUAGUAUUCCUUACCACCACACAGAAUCCUGUUGAAGUCACCUGCACCUCCAACAGGACUAUGGAGAAUGCCUCAAGUGUUGUUACUUUAAAGUAUGAUGAUUGCCAGCCUCAGCCUCCACCCCACCCACAGCCUCAGCCCAGGGAAAGACAUUUAGCUUUAUUCUUUGGAGGCUUUUUGGGAGCACUAACAGCAAUUUUCAUAUGCAUUUUUAAAGACCAGAUCCGAGCUAAAUGCAAAACCCUCAGAGAAAAGCUGUGUCCAUCAACAAGUACAUUAUAAUAUGAAGAUCAUGAAUACUUCAACAGUCAGAAUGACUGCACCACAGAAACAUCAACAGUGGCUGAAGGCGGAGUCAGCAUUUGUGUAUUAUUAAGUGUAGUAGCAGUCAGUGGGGGAAGUAGUACUCAUUAUUUACUUAAGUAAAAGUAUCAGUACCACAGUGAAAAAAUACUGUUACAAGUAAAAGUCUUGCAUUCA